CAAGUGACAGUAGCGCGAUCAGUUGUACGUGAGACAGCGCAGCCAACGGACCGGUUAAAAGCAUCAGUGUUGUGUGGAAUAAGGAACGAUUCUUAACAAAGAAUUAACAAAAAACUAUUGAAAUGCGAAACACAGUAUUGCUUUUAGUGUUUGGCGUGAUUUUUUGCAUUAAUCAUUGCUUGACGGGUAAAACCGAAUGUCCGCGUAUUAAAUUGAAACGUCAGUGGGGCGGUAAACCGGCUAAGGCGCUCACCUAUCAAGUGCGUCCCAUACGUUAUGUUAUCAUUCAUCAUACCGUCUCCAAUGAGUGUAGUGAGUUUUUGAAAUGUGCAUCGAUACUGCAGAAUACACAAAUCUAUCAUAUGAAUGAUUUGGAUUACGAUGACAUCGGUUAUAACUUUCUCAUCGGCAAUGAUGGUAUUGUUUAUGAGGGCACUGGUUGGGGUGUACGCGGCGCACACACCUAUGGCUAUAAUAUGAACGGCACCGGUAUUGCUUUCAUCGGCAAUUACGCAGAGAAACUCCCAUCGCGUUCUGCCUUAGCUGCAGCCAAGAAACUUCUCGCUUGUGGUGUUAAGGAAGGUGAAUUGGAUCGGAAUUAUAUACUUUUAGCUGCCUCACAAGUAUCCAGCACUCAGAGUCCUGGUUUGAUUUUGUAUAACGAAAUACAAGAAUGGGAUCAUUGGUCAUUAAUUCCAUGAUUAUUUUAAAUAUUUCAAAAUAAAAAAUCGAUAUCUUUCAAGAUUAUAAAUAGUAAACUAAUAUUUUGACUUGAUUGCUGAAGACAAUUUCUCAGGAAGAAAAUCAAAGUAAACAUCAUCAAAAUUGGACUAAUACAAUUCACAGCUUCCCUAAAAGGAGUUGAUUGGCAGAGUUCAGAUAUAAUAAUAUGAAUAAUUUUUGUUCUUUAAAUAAAUUAUAAAGUCUUUACCUCGUCUAUUGAUCAAAA